CAGGUGAUUUUGCCCACGGCCUUCGAGACUGCGCCAUACCACUGAGCCUCCUCAGUUCUCACGGUUCAAGCGUUCGCUGCCAUGGCCACGGCCAAGGCUUGCCAAAACUGUCGCAAGCGUCGCCUGCGCUGCGAUCGAUCCAUACCUGGCUGUAACAAGUGCUUAGCCACAGGCCAGGAGUGCCUUGGGUACGGUAAGGCCUACCAAUGGACAAAUGCUGUCGCUUCCCGGGGCCGAAUGGCUGGGAAACAGACGUUCGCAUCGACGGAGCCAAGUAGUCCGCCAAGGACAGGCGACCAUAGCCGAGCUCUUGUUCGUGCGCAAGAGCCACUGCCCAGAAGUGGUAUGACAAUGGUGAACAAUAAUAGCAUGCCCAUUAUACUCACAGAUCCACUUUUCCAACACAUGGAUACUACUGCGAGAUUCUACCUCAAUUACUUCUCGAAACGUAUGUGUCAGGAAUUGGUGACGCACGAUUCCUUUCACCUAGCUGGCAAUCCAUUUCGCCAGCUCAUUGCCAUGUCGACAUCGUAUUCAUUUCUGCAACACAUACUUGUCGCCUCAUCUGCAAUGCACUACUCCAACCUGGCACGACGCUCAUUUCCGACUAGCCAGCACUCCCAGAAGGCAUCAAUAGAUGCACUUGUAGACGCGUUACGUGCUCGCCAUGAUGCUAUCAAGGGAUUGCAAGUAGUGCUCGAGAGGAACAAGACUCCCAUCGACAGGCCGUACCAAUUCGAUGAAAAGGACGCAUUGCUCGCCACCAUACUGUUUUUUGUCAACUUCGCUCUGAUAGACUCGGGAAAGGGGGGCUGGCGAUCUCAUAUGAAGGCGGCAAGAUCUCUCAUAGCUGCUCAGGCCUCGAACUAUGCAUUGACGCCACGAAGACCUGAUGAGGAAACCGACAUCGAACAAGCCGUUCUGUCGAUAUCAGACCUGCAUCUUCAGCCGGAUCCUACGCCACACGACACGAGAGAGUCGGUACUACAGCUUACGCAGGACACAGUUGGCAUACGUGACUACGUCGCCUCAGAUUCGGUAGCAUACUACAUAUGGGGCACAACAUUUGACUCGCUUUGGAAUUCCGCAGCAGGAGCUCGGAGUGCCAGCCUCGUCGACAUCGAAGAUAUACGAUCUAUUAUCGACCGCACCGAGGCCAACAGCUACCACAGCUGCCCUGCACAUUUAUUGCUACUUAUCCUACGGAUAUCGCGCCUAGCACGAAGUAUCAAUUCAACAGAAACCGCCAUACCGACGACUGAGGAGAUGGACUGCUUCGUGUCUCUUCUCAGGGAGGCGCAAGACUUCAAUCCCGAGUCCUGGGCCGUUAGAGUAAGUGCAGCAAACGCUCACGUUCGAGAGGUCGAUGAGCUAGAAAUUCGAAUGCGGACGUACAUCGCAUAUGCAUACCGGGCCGGAGUUUGUCUCUACGUUUUACUCGCAGCACCUGGCCUCGAGGAACACGUCAUGAAGAAAGCCUUGGGCAACGAAUUGGUCUCGUCGCUACCGUCGCUACCAACAACGAAAGAGCUCGCAACAACGAUUCUAUCUCAACUGUCGCUUAUCCCGAACACCUACCCCUUAUUCAAGUAUACCACUUGGCCUGUCUUCAUGACGGGAGUGGAAGCUGCGACACAUGAAAGCAGAGCAUGGACACUUUGGCGCUUGAAUGCUAUGUGGGAAUUAUGUCCUUGGGGCAUGAUGAAAUCCGCUGGAGAGACUCUCCGGGAAAUCUGGCAGUUGCGUGAUGGCCUCAGCGCCGUGAAACAAGAGCCUGAUGACGCGAAUAACGUACUCGCAGCCGAAUACACGGACAGAAGCUGGCUCAUCGAGUUGAGAAGACUGGGAUCCAACUUCUUGAUCGUAUAAAUACUCGGCCUUGGAAGCUGUGGCAGAAAAACAAAACAUGAGAAAAGAAAAAAGAAUCGAGACGCCUCAGAUUCGAAUCAGCAUUUUCCGACUAUCCGUUUAGGAGAUUGGCGAGUCAUUGUAAACGAUAGUGGGUGCACACAUGCUUGGUUGCAACCAUCUGCGAGCAACCGCUCUCUAAAUGCCUGAACAUCUACCCCUAUUGCCUAAUUAGGCAGUGUCUGCCCAAUUAAGCGAACUAAGGC